AUGUUCAAAAGAUUAAUCAGAACAAUGUCUACCACAACAUCCAAGAUAAUCCAUUCAGAAACCCCGGGCCCAAUAGAACAAUCCAUGCUUACCAAGCUCCAGGCUGAAUUCCAACCAUCCUAUUUGAAAAUCGUAAAUGAUUCAGCAAAACAUGCCCACCAUGCUGGAAUACAAGGUGCUGCCAAUACCACAGAGUCUCAUUUCAGAUUAGAGAUCAUUAGUGAUAAGUUUGUAGGCAAGACUUUACCAGCUAGACACAGAUUGGUUUAUAGUUUAUUAGAUGAAGAAAUCAAAGUUCAUGGAAUUCAUGCUUUACAAAUGAAAACCAAGACAGAAGCAGAAAUGAACAAGAAGAAGAAUAUUGCUAAUGAAGAACAGCAAUAA